AAAAUAACGUCAUCGAGUCAAAAACUCCGUCGAGCAAAUGAAAACACGAAGCAAGUGAUAAAGGUUGACUGUGGUGUCGUUGUUGAUCUUCUAGGACUCAGGAUGAAAAAGAAGUAAACUUCAAGAUUACAUCACGCUGAUGGAUAUGAUGUCAAACAUGAUGAAGCACAGGUACGAAUGGUUGGUGCCAUCUUUGGCAAGUAAACACCUUUGAGUCUUGAAGUCAUCAUAAAGCAGAUAGCUAUGGCAGGGCACCGACCAUCAGCCAGUACUCCCACCAGUAGCAAGUCUCCUCUCGGCAAAUCACUGCACAAUUCAUCUCUUCUGUCACGCUCUGGCCUCAAUGACACUCUCCAUAGCACCCAGAGUCUAAGCGGACGAGCUUCAAUCAUGACAUAUAACAAUACACAGUAUCCAUCUGCAACUGCUGCACUUGCUGCUUACAUCAGUGAUUUUGAAGAUGCUAAUCCUCUGAGCCAGACUUACCAUCGGACGGUAGAAGACCUCUUUACUCCAAGGUCAGUGAUGCUAAGAACUGUUGACCGUAGCUUGGAAACCGGUGUACGGGAUACUAGUGAUGAAUGGCGACGUUACACAUCCAAGAAGUUACUGGAUGAAUCAUUCAGUGAGAUGGUUCAAGGCGACGUGGAAAGGGAAAGAGCUGAAUCAAUGCAAGAGUCUUCUCGCCUUCUGACAGCAGACCUCUCACCUCUACCUGGGAGUUCAGUCAUAACGGAGGUGGAGAGUGGAACAAGUCUCUCAACAGAUCUUCUUCUUCAUGCUCCUCUUUAUCCAACUCUAACUCAGCCACCAUCUCAGAGGCCUAAAAGGAAUCCAACAGAAUCUAACCUGGAAAAGGGUAGUAUCAGAAGAGAAUAUGAGCAGAGGUUUGCCGGGUCUUCUCAUGGCAAUCAAACCACCAGAGGAAGAACUCACGAUAGUUCUAUCAGGUCAUGUGUAAGAAGGGAAGAAAGGGGUUCUGGGUAUCGGGUUAAUACUUCUCCAGUUAAGAAGUCAGUCUCAGGUACUGUUGGUGAUGCCUUGAAAAGUGGACAACCACUUCCAACUCCCAUUCCUGGAAAAGCUGACUGGAGAGGUUUUUCUACUUCCAAUGUUGGUUCGUCAAAACAUGAUAUUCAUAAAAGGAAAAGAAACUUGGGGAAUGAAAAUGUUGCCUCACCAUAUGCCUCUAAAAUGGAAGGAGGUAGGCGACCUCCUAGUUGGAUUCAAGACUUGGAUACGACAGGUGCCAGCAGCCUCGUUUCGCAGGCUCGUCUUGGUGGCAGGGCUCCCCCAAGUUGGAUCCAAGACAUUGAUAAGACGGGUCUGAGUGGUGUUGCAACUGAGACUGGCAUCAGUGGAAGGGCACCUCCUAGCUGGGUGCAGGAUCUUGAUGUUUCCGGGAUCAGCAGUUUAGUAAGAUCCAAGAGAGAAGGAGGAAGGCCACCUCCAAGCUGGAUUCAGGAACUCAACUCUACCAUAAUAAGUGAAAAACAAAGUAACUUCAGAAGCUUGAAAAGUUUUGAAAAUACCCUUCCAGCUUCUCAUACCUUAAUGAGGACAAACUCAGCUGAUGAUCUCCUCAGUGAAGCUCAUCGUAGAAAAGGAAACUCUUUAGAGCUUGGAGCAAAUCCACGAGUGAAGAGAGCUUCAAGUUUCACCACAGAUGAUCUCAUCAUGGCCUCUCCAACUGGUAAAGAAUUUCAGCGACCCAGUCACAACUCAAGAGGACAAUACUCAUCACGUGAGACAAACUCCAACAGUAUUCCAUCUCAGUUUAAUAUAGAUUCUUAUUUUUUUAACGGUACUACAGCAUUGACAGAGGAACACUUACCUUCCAACUCAAUAAAGACUUCCAGCAUCAGGAAAGACUCACGGUUUUUGAAUCUUCAAACUGAAUCAUCUAAGAGGGGUAGUUUGAGGUCCACGAGGGGAACCGCUAACCUUAAACUCUCUUCCCUUAAAAUGGGACCUGCAGCAUCAUUAGCAAGUACACCUAAGCGUUCUGUUGCAUUUGAGGUGACAUCUGCCAGACGAUCUUUGAAUGGAUACUUUGUUGAGAGAGGAUCAGGGUCACAGAGUAGUAGAAGAGGUCAGCGUUUUGAUGCACGACAGACUGAGAGAACUCUCGCAGAAGAUGAGCGUCAGAGAGAAGAUACUUUGCUCUUGAGAGCACAGAAGGUCCUUGAUGAUGCACGAGCAGCCAAGAGCCAAUCAAGCAGCUCACAUCGUUAUCAUGGCAACACAGAUAACCAUGACAACAGCCUACUCACUGAUGAGGUUCUAGAUGGGGAUCGAUCUUGGGAGAAGAACUUGCCAUCACUAAAACCUCUUAAAUCUGCACAGGGUACCGAAGAGCAUGAUGCGAAUCAUAAUCAAGACAUCGUUGCUAAGUUCUUGGAUGAUUGUCUCAAGUCAGUUGAUGAGCAGACUCAGAAACUGACCGGUGGACUGCAACCAGGCCCUGUAGAAGCUUUGAAAAAUAUGCUGUUCACCUUGCAAGGAAUGGCCCCUAAUUCCCAGGCAUCAUCGCCUACCAAAGAUACUCCAGUGCCUACCAAUUAUACUUCAGCACCUACCAAUGAGGCAGGAGAGGUCGUCUCUUCAAUCCGAUCGACCUCAUCCUGGUCACCACAGUCUGGGUCAAAGCGAGUAUACAAAAACAAGUUCAUUUUGACCAGGAGCGGAACUUGAGCCUGUGACCUCCGGAUUAAAGUGGCAGUGGUCUACCAAUGGGGCUGACCUCUGGAUUAAAGUGCCAGUGGUCUACCAACGGGCCUGACCUCCGGAUUAAAGUGCCAGUGGUCUACCAACGGGGCUGACCUCUGGAUUAAAGUGCCAGUGGUCUACCAACGGGCCUGACCUCCGGAUUAAAGUGCCAGUGGUCUACCAACGGGGCUGACCUCCGGAUUAAAGUGCCAGUGGUCUACCAACGGGGCUGACCUCCGGAUUAAAGUGCCAGUGGUCUACCAACGGGGCUGACCUCCAGAUUAAAGUGCCAGUGGUCUACCAACGGGGCUGACCUCCGGAUUAAAGUGCCAGUGGUCUACCAACGGGGCUGACCUCCGGAUUAAAGUGCCAGUGGUCUACCAACGUGGCUGACCUCCGGAUUAAAGUGCCAGUGGUCUACCAACGGGGCUGACCUCCGGAUUAAAGUGCCAGUGGUCUACCAACGGGGCUGACCUCUGGAUUAAAGUGCCAGUGGUCUACCAACGGGGCUGACCUCCGGAUUAAAGUGCCAGUGGUCUACCAACGGGGCUGACCUCCGGAUUAAAGUGGCAGUGUCCUACCAACGGGGCUAUCUAGCCCUAAUGCUGGCAUUCCCUGAUUAUGUCGGUGUCUUUCUUCUGAGUGCAAGUCAGAAACCAUUCAACCUGUAACUGCCAUAUAGCCAGGGAUCUAACACAUCAGAGACUGCCAACAUUAGCGUUAAAUAAAUAGCUUAGUUGGUAGAGUGCCAGCAUGUUAAUCCAAAGGUUGCUGGUUCAAGUCUCGCUUAAGGGUAAGGCAAUUUUUCUUUGUUUAACCAACCCAAAAUAAUUGAAGAAAGCGUGUAAAGUGAUUUGUGACUCGGAUUUGUAUUAGUCUCGGACUUGACCCUAGGACUUGACCUCAGAAUGACAACAACUCAAUGAUUCUAAGAAACUCGGUCUCUACCCCACCCUCCUCCUGCUCUAUGAGUCAUGCCUGCUGGUGUCCCCUUCCUCCUGGUACCAGAGUGGAUCCUACCAUCCUACCUGUACAUGUUAACUCUAUUUUUUACCCCUGCUCAUUAAAUAUGCAGAGUUCCACCCAAAGUGGGUGGAGCUUAUUUUAUUAUUCAUGUGGUGAUGGUGUCAGACCAGAUUAUGACCAAGUCAUAAUGGGUCACCUUGUUCAUUUGAAUAUGAAUGGAGUCUGCUGAGGCAAAAGGGGUUAUUGUUAACUGCCAGAGAGUGAACAAUAGAAGAUAAAUCCAGUUUGAAUUUGCUUUCAUAACCACUGCUUGUUGAAGAAUGUCUAAAUUUGUUCAACCACAAGGGCAAGGAAAUAACCGGUAUAGUCAUAAGGAAACACCACAGAAGACUUAAGAAUCCAUUGUUUUAAAUAAACUAAAAAUAGAUUACCUAUGGAUUUCUAGGCAAAGUUAAAGAAAUCCAACUGUUGAUCAUCCUUGGGUUGUUUUAAAAUAAGAGGAUGAAAGCCUUUUUAUUUUAUAUUGUGAAUAUUUCAAGGUGGAAAGAGCCAGAAUAAAACUGUUGUGAAGUAACAACAAUUUUAGACUUUACUGCUACCAACCAAAAAGAACUAUAAACCCAAAACAUAAUUGGGUCUAAUGGCCUGAUGUUUCGGCCCUAGCAGGGUCUUUUUUAACUUUUAAAUUUCAUAUAAUCUCAUCCCUAUUGUUGAUGAAGUCUAAGGUGGUUGUUAUUGAGUUAAGUUAUAAAACAGGCACGAGUAAACUGGCUUUGAAGUUUUCUAUUGAAUCUAAUUAUUUACUGAAUCUUUAAAAUCUGUGAGCAAGAUGUUGGUGAAGGUUUGGUCCAAGUUAAAAAUGGUGCUACCUCAAGUUAUACAACAAUAUAAACCAUAUGAAAUGAGAACACUUAUGUAAUAAAAACAACAAAUGUUUAUUUUGUUGAACCAUGGCGGGAGAAAUUAUUGAAGUUUGAGUCAUGUUGUAGUGUAAGAAUGAUGUCAGAUUAUUGUUCAUACGUGUCCAUGUUUCCUUUUGGGUUUGCCGCCCCCAAACCCAACGUAUGUUUUGGAGUUGUUAUUCUCUUUUAAUGGUUCAUUCAGAGAGUGGUUUAAAACGAAGCCCUUUGUAUCCCCAGGUUUCUAAUUCCAUAGCAGGUGCCAUGAGUUUGAGGUCUGUGUAAUACAACAAUCAUUCAAUGCUGGGCCAUUGAAUAGCUUUUAUUGUAUGCAGGGGAAAAAAUAGUUCCGAACUUGCAGUUUUACAUGACUGAGUACUGGCAUCAAUCAUUCAGUAUAGGUGGUCUGUUUCUAGAUUGAGAGCUUUUUGUGUCACCCUCCAUGGUAUAUAACUGGUGUUACUACUAACUGUCAAGGCAUGAUCAGCUGAUUCUCUUGUUUUAGGUUUCUCAGUAAAGAGUCUAUAAUUGUGCUUGGAAAUUCCCUUUUAUGACAAUCUUAAGUCACAUGCAUGACUGUCAGAUCAGGGCAAAUAGGUUGAUCAAUCAGAGAGUUUUGCAAUAUAAAAGCAGUUGAUUUUUAGCUUUCAUUCAGGGAA